GUCAAAAGCAAGCUCACAGGUCUCAUCUGACUGACCGACCCGCACGACCGCUCCCUUUCAAAUCUAACCCGAUCCAAAAACCGUCCUCCGAUUCCAGAUCCAGCCACGUCGCCAGAUCCCGCAGCAAAUGGCUCAGAGCUGAAUGAACAAAUUCCAAGCUCCAUCAAAACCAUGGCAGCAAUCACAGUAAAAGGCAAGCUCAUCCUCCUCUCCUUUCUCUUCGUUUUCUCAUCUCCCACCCUUUUAGUCAUUUCCGAGUCCGAACCCGGACCCGAGCCCAGUGAGCAACACGAGGUGUUGCUGCAUCGGCUGGAGGAGGUCGUUAGAAACCUCUCCGAAAUAGUCGCGAGAUUAGAACUCAAGCUGUCGGAACCGAAAGCUGUGGAGGGGUUAAUUUCGCCUCUGGAGGAGAAAGUGAAACACGGCGGUGAAAAAGUGGGGCAGGAUGGUGAAAUCGACAAGGCUACUAGGGCGGUUUCGGUGACGAAGUACAGUCCGUUUUGGUCGGACAGGUUUCAGUUUGUUUCGGCUGUGAAAUUGGACUCCCAGGCCACUUGUAUCCACGUGUUGCCAUUUCGGGACAGCGAGGGGGGCUCUAAGUACGUUGCGGUCGGGGAUGAGAGAGGGAGGGUUUAUGUGUUUUUGAAGAAUGGGGAUGUGGUGGUGGAGUUUGAUACAAUGACGGCGUCGCCGAUAAUGGCGAUGGCUUCGUUCUUGUCGAUUUCCAAGAACGAGAGCUUUGUUGUGACAGGGCAUAAUAAUGGGGAGAUUUUGAUGCAUAAGGUUUGGGAGGGGAUGAGUGGAGAGGAGUGGAGUUCGGUUAUGAUGGAGAGUGUUGGGAAGUUUCAUACUGGUGAGGACGCGCUGCCGGUUACUAUUUUGGAGGUGCAUCAUGCUGGGAGGAUGAGUUACAUACUGGCCAGUGAUGUGAGUGGGAAGAUUACGGUUUAUAAGGAGAAUGGGACAGUUCAUGGCUCCACUAUGCCGUCGAGUAGGCCGCUUGCGUUCUUGAAGCAGCGGCUUCUGUUUUUGACGGAGACGGGCGCAGGGUCGCUGGACUUGAGGACCAUGAAGAUUAGGGAGUCGGAAUGUGAGGGGCUGAAUCACUCGCUGUCUAGGUACUAUGUUUUCGAUGCGACGGAGAGGUCUAAAGCGUAUGGUUUUACAUCGGAGGGUGAGCUGAUUCAUGUGCUGUUGUUGGGGGAUGUGGUGAACUUCAAGUGCAGAGUUAGGUCCAAGAAGAAGUUUGAAAUGGAUGAGCCUCUUGCAUUUCAGGCCAUAAAGGGGUGUUUGCUUAUUGUUAGCGAAGAGAAAGUUUUUGUGUAUAAUGUAUCAUCCCAGCAUUAUGUCAGGAUUGGUGCUCCUCGGAUCAUCUUCUCUGCUGGUCUUGAUGAGAUUAGGUCGUCUUUCCUUAGUUAUCAGACCAUGGAUGUCGAUGCAGGAAAAAGAAAUGUGAUACCAUUAAUUGCUAGUGAUCGUGAAAAGCUCGUUGUCCUUGGCCUUGGUGGAGGGUAUGUGGGAAUGUAUCGCGCGAACCUUCCUGUAUAUAAAGGUGAAUUUAGUGCAAUGCUAUGGACUAGCCCUGUAUUCUUCUUUGUGCUUUUUCUUUUUGGAGCUUGGCAAUUUUUUGCUAAGAAGAAAGAAGCACUCACUUCAUGGGGACCUGACGAUCCAUUUAGUUCAACCUCAGCUACGCCAGGGGCUCCGUUGGGUGGAAAUAGCUCUGGAGAAAGGCCUUUCGUGGACUCUUCAACAAGAAAUGCUGAUAUGAUGGAUAUUAGAGGUGGUGGUCUCAGAGGUCCAUCAAGGAGGUAUGUCUCUCCUCCCCCAUACCGUGGAGGAGCAACAAGUUCAUUUAGGGCAGGUACAGCUGAUCAUAACGCAAGGCCCUCAUCUGUUGAUCCUAAUUUUCUAACAGCUUCAGAGCUGAAAUUUAGAGGGUCUGCGUUAGAAUCUUCGGGUUUCCCCAAAAGGAGGGAAAGUUUGUUUGUGAACAACCAAGCGAUGGAUGAUAGCAACUGACCUGUAUAAUCAUUUCCUUGUACUUUACUUAAAUUUGUUUAAGGUUUAAUUCUUAGAUCACUCGGAUGGCAGUUUAGGGCCAUUUGAACCUGCACUACUUGUAUUUGUGACAUUCCUUAAGAAGUUUUCAAUCAACAAUAAAACAUAGAAAAGAAAUGAUGAUAA